AUGGUUUCCGCCUCAAAAGCCGCCCGCCAGGCAAAGCGCGCCGCCGACGGCGACGCGAAGCCCAAGAAGACGGCCACUUCCAAGUUGUCGUCCAAGGCCAACUCCAAGAAUGCUUCCAAGGCCAACUCUGAGAACGGCGACGAGGCCGAGGAUCUCGAGCUGAACGAGGAGGUCAAGAAGCUCACCAUGCAGGAAGACAAGCACGGUUUGUCGGACCGUGUCACCACCGGUGUGCUUGCUUCGCUCGAGCAGUCGCGCGACGUCAAGAUCAUCUCUGCCUCGCUCGUGUUCCACGGCAAGGUCCUCUUCAACGACUCAACCCUCGAGAUCAACUACGGCCGACGAUACGGUCUGUUGGGUGAGAACGGUUGCGGAAAGACGACCCUCCUCAAGGCCAUCGACAAGCGCGAGUUCCCCUUCCCCGAGCACAUCGACAUUUACCUGCUGAACCAGGGUGCCCCCAAGACCGAGUUGGGCGCCUUGGAGUGGGUUGUACGUGAGGCUGAGAACGAGCUGGCUCGUCUCGAGAAGCUGGCAGAGGAGAUCCUUGAGAAAGACGGUCCGGAGAGCCCUCUUCUCGACGACAUCUACGAGCGUCAAGAAGACAUGGACCCAUCGACCUUCCACACCCGCGCCUCGCUCAUUCUUACCGGUCUCGGUUUCAACAAGGUCACCAUCAACAAGAAGACCAAGGACAUGUCCGGUGGAUGGCGUAUGCGUGUCGCGCUCGCCAAGGCUUUGUUCGUCAAGCCCGCCCUCUUGUUGCUCGAUGACCCCACAGCCCAUUUGGACUUGGAGGCCUGUGUGUGGCUCGAGGAGUACAUGAAGAAGUGGGAGCGCACUCUGGUUCUCGUGUCCCACUCCAUGGACUUCUUGAACGGUGUCUGCACCAACAUGAUCGACAUGCGCCAAAAGAAGCUUCUCUACUACGGAGGUAACUACGACACAUACCACAAGACUCGUACUGAGCAGGAGGUCAAUCAGACCAAGGCGUACGAGAAGCAACAAGACGAGAUCAAGCACAUCAAGAAGUUUAUUGCUUCGGCUGGUACCUAUGCCAACUUGGUCAGGCAAGCCAAGUCUCGUCAGAAGAUUCUGGACAAGAUGGAGGCAGACGGUCUCAUCGAGCCUGUUCAGGUUGACCGUGUCUUCACUUUCCGUUUCGCCGAUGUAGAGAAGCUCCCACCACCAGUACUGUCGCUAGACGACGUUACCUUUUCUUACUCUGGAGAUCCAAAGGAUAACCUAUACGAGAACCUCGACUUUGGUGUCGACAUGGACUCGCGAACAGCUCUUGUCGGACCCAAUGGUGUCGGAAAGUCGACUCUCCUCAACAUCUUCACCGGAAAGCUCAGCCCCACAUCCGGUGUUGUUUCGCGCCAUACUCACUUGAAGCUCGGUGUAUACAGCCAGCACUCUGCUGAACAGCUAGAUCUCACCAAGUCUGCUCUUGACUUUGUCCGUGACAAGUUCCACCACAUCAGCCAAGAUCUCCAGUACUGGCGUCAACAGCUUGGUCGCUAUGGUAUGACUGGUGAGGCACAAACAUCCAAGAUGGCCACUCUUUCCGACGGUCAAAAGUCACGUAUCGUCUUUGCUCUGUUGGCUAUCGAGGGCCCCAACAUGUUGCUCCUCGACGAACCUACCAACGGUCUGGAUAUUCCUACCAUUGACAGUUUGGCAGAUGCCAUCAAUGCUUUCAGCGGUGGUGUCGUUGUCGUGUCUCACGACUUCCGAUUGCUUGACAAGAUUGCAAAGGAUAUCAUGGUUUGCGAACACAAGACUGUUCGCCGGUGGGAUGGCAGCAUUGGAGAGUACAAGAACCAUCUCCGCAAGAAGAUGGCGUCGACUGGUGCUCUUUAA